CCGGGCGGAAUUCCAUCUCGGCCGGGGGUAGAAGACUUUUUUCCACUCUGAUUCAUCUGUAUCGAGCCUUUCUGCAAGCUCGUCGCAAGGUCCAUGCGCUGAAUUGACUGUCAAUUUUACAGUUCAUCUAGAACAAAACAAAUAAUUCUCAAUUACGAAGAGGGGCUGAAUUCCCAGCGCAAUGGAGGCCGAGAUCAAAGGGCACGAGGAUCAGGGAGCGUUGCGGACAGUCAAAGAUCUGUCCGCGGGAGCUGCAGGAGGUAUCGCGCAGGUGCUGCUUGGCCAGCCUUUCGAUAUCGUCAAAGUCAGAUUGCAGACCACAACGCAAUACUCAAGCGCACUGGAUUGUGCCACCAAGAUUCUAUCCAAGGAAGGCCCACUGGCCUUUUAUAAAGGAACUUUAACUCCAUUGAUUGGUAUUGGUGCUUGUGUUAGUGUCCAAUUCGGAGCAUUCCACGAAGCGCGCCGCCGCAUUGAAGACUUCAACGCAAAACGAGGGCAUCCCACAGCGCCUUCAUACCCGCAAUACUACCUCGCCGGAGCCUUCGCCGGUGUCACCAAUUCCGUGAUAUCCGGUCCCAUCGAACAUGUCCGUAUCCGCCUUCAAACCCAACCUCACGGUGCAGACCGUCUUUACAGCGGUCCCUUGGAUUGCAUUAAAAAACUCUCCGCCCAUGAGGGUGUUCUUCGUGGUUUGUACAGAGGCCAGGCGGUCACGGUCUACAGAGAAGCACAAGCUUACGGCGUGUGGUUCCUUGCAUUUGAAUAUAUGAUGAACUGGGAAGCCAAGCGUAACCAGGUCAAACGUGAUGAAAUCUCGAGUGUCAAGGUUGCGGGAUACGGCGGUAUAGCUGGUGAAGCCCUGUGGCUCUCCAGCUACCCGUUCGAUGUUGUGAAGAGUAAAAUGCAGAGCGAUGGAUUUGGGGCCCAACAAAAGUACAAGGGCAUGAUUGACUGCUUCAAGAAGACAUAUGUUGCAGAAGGGCUGGGAGGAUUCUGGAAAGGAAUCGGCCCGACAUUGCUCAGGGCAAUGCCUGUGUCUGCUGGUACUUUUGCUGUUGUCGAAUUGACCAUGAGAGCCCUUGGCUAAACUCAUUGGCUGUUUUACUAGCAAGAAAAAAAGUUCUGGGUGUUUUUUGCUGGUUAUAAAAUACUUCGCUCUGCGUUUUCCGUCCUUUCCUUUAGAGCACGACAUGGGUUGGUAUGAUACCUUGCGGAUUAAAUGGUUUCUCAACAUCUCUAUUUCGCCUAGAGGCUCAUGUAUAUAUAAUAAUAGAUCUUCAACAUUUAGGUCUGGUAUAGAUCCUAGUCUGCAUGCUCGA